GAACUACAUUGACAAUGAAUAAGAUGGACUUUAAUCACGGUCCAAUCAGUAUGCGCACUCUGUAUAUAAUGACCAUAGCCAGAUAAACAAUGUUCAGUAUCUAAUCAAGCCGAAAAGCAGCCAGCAUCGAAGCGAGCUGCUGAACAGUUAAAGAGCGCGGCUAGCUAGCAUAUCAUUAUGGAAGUACUGUUGCACGAGAGUAGUACCGCGACGGUCGGGAAUGGGCGCGAAAAGACUGACAGCGUCUAUCCGUCCAAACCGAUGGUCACCGCAGACCCCGAGAAAGCCUUUUUCGAAAAUGCCAAAUUUUCUAUGCUUCCUCAACGGUCGCCUGUCGAUAUACUGUUCGAAAAUGUCACCUAUACAGCGACCGAAGGGAAUAUCUGCACAAAGAAAAGGCAGAAAGAAAUCCUACACGGAGUAAACGGUCGAUUCCCGCCAGGCCAGUUGAUCGCCAUCAUGGGCCCUUCAGGUGCUGGUAAAAGUACUCUCCUCGACGUACUUAGCGGCUACAAAAUGACAGGAGUGGGCGGUACUGUAUACGUAAAUGGAAUGCCUAGGAACCUAAAGUCGUUCAGGAAGUCCUCCUGUUACAUCACACAGGAUGACAGAUUGCAACCUUUGCUUACUGUAGAGGAAAAUAUGGCUGUGGCUGCUGAUCUCAAACUACCUACAACGAUGUCAAGAAGACAGAAAAAUGCACUUAUAGACGAGAUUCUAGAAACUUUAGGACUUAUGAAAUCAAAACCAACAAAGGCAUCAGGCCUUUCAGGAGGACAGAGAAAAAGGCUGUCAAUUGCCCUGGAACUCAUUAGCAACCCUUUAGUCAUGUUUUUGGAUGAACCUACCACAGGACUGGACAGUUCAUCAUGUAGUACCUGCAUCAAAUUACUCAAGGAACUGGCCUCGCAAGGUAGGACCAUCAUUUGUACUAUCCAUCAACCUUCUGCAUCACUCUUCGAACUCUUUGACUUGGUGUACGUACUGUCAGCUGGGAACUGCUUGUACCAAGGAUCAGCGCAAAAGUUGGUACCGUUUCUGUCCGAUUGUGGAUUUCCCUGUCCACAGUACCAUAAUCCAGCUGACUAUGUGAUUGAAUUGUCGUGUGGCGAAUAUGGCGACGACAAAAUAGAUACCAUGAUAAGAGCAACUGCUAAUGGUACAAAUCUAUCAUACUUCAAAGAGCCAGACAAAUUGGCUAAGAUUCAGUUAAUGAGAGCUGCAGACUCUGGCCAGAUUGAAGAAGAAGAUGGGGAGCUCGCUGCAACCUCAAAAUGGAACCAACUUAAAGUUCUUCUCAGGAGAGGAUACAUCAAAGCGAAAAGAGACACAACGCUCACCUACUUGAAAAUAGGGGCGAACAUCAUCGUAGGAGCCAUGCUAGGAACACUGUACUUCAAGGCGGGUAUUGAUGGCUCGAAAACUUUAGGAAACUAUAAUUUGCUCUUCUCUAUCCUCAUGCACCACAUGAUGUCAACGAUGAUGCUCACAAUUCUUACAUUUCCAAGUGAAUUGUCCAUAUUAAUCAAGGAGCACUUCAAUCGAUGGUACUCACUGAAAAUGUAUUACUUAUCGGUGACCUUGGUGGAUUUACCUUUAUCCACACUCUGCUGCUUCCUGUUCACAAUAAUACUGUAUACAAUGACAUCACAGCCAAUGGAGUUGCUAAGAUUCAGCAUGUUCUUCCUCAUCAGCCUUUUAGUUGUUUUUGUGGCCAACGGUUUCGGUCUGUCAAUUGGUGCAUAUUUCAAUGUAGUGAACGGCACAUUUUUGGGACCCAUUCUGUCAAUUCCCAUGAUGAUGUUUGCAGGGUUUGGUGUUCGACUUUGCGAUCUUCCCAGAUACAUGUACUGGGGCAGCUACAUUUCCUACCUACGUUUUGGUUUAGAAGGAAUAGUACAAGCAAUAUACGGCAUGGAUCGAGGCGUAGUCGAUUGUCCAGACGCCGAAAUGUACUGUCAUCACAAAUACGUCAAGAAGUUGCUCAAAGAUGUUGGUGUUAGGGCUGAUCAGUUUGACAAUGAUGUUAUAGCCCUAUUACUCUUUACUUUUGUACUCCGGAUAACUGCGUACGUCGUGCUUAGAUAUAAGCUUAUAUCUAUCCGUUGAAAAUGUGUAUACUUAUAUUGUUGAUAGAAAAUAGUCAUUGAAGGCUGAUCACAGAAAUGUUGCUGUGUCGGUAUGUGUAUAUAAAUUGCUGUGAACUUCUAGAGGUGCCAAAACUUUUUAUGAAUUACGAAAUUGUAUAUUUAUGUUUCAUUGGAGCAUGUUCCUCCAUUAUAUAAUUUAUGAUAACUAGAUUUCAUUUUCCAUUCUAAUUCACGGUUAAAGAAACUGAAUCACAAUAACUAAUUUAUCAUUUGGAUAUUGCGCUGCAUAAGAUAUUUCAUAUUCAGAGAAAUCCAAAUAUCACUGUCGAGGUGAUGUGUACAAAAGAGCAUCAAGCCGCUGUUGCGUCCGUGUCCUGGUCACUCCGGUUGCUAGGCAACUUGAUGCUUCUAUCUCUUUCUAACACAAGUAUUGCACGCUCCUCUCGUACAAAUUACGACGUCAGUGGUAUAUGGAUUUCUCUGUAUAUGGGUGACGAGGCGAUUUAAACAGCGUUCUGCCACACCAGUAAAUUUAUAUUUUUGGUAUACUGUAAUUUCUAAGAAUUAGAUCUACUACCGGUUCAACGCCAGAGCUCAAUUUUUUGUUGAUGCUUUCACUAUUUUGAAAGAGGUCCAAUCCAAAGUCGUAUUUAUGAUCUUCAGUUACAAAUCAGUGGAAUCUGUAGUGCACAAGAUUCCGGACAAUACAAAAAUGCAUGUGAUAUCAUAUCCAAAUCAAAGGAUUAUUGUAGACUGUCAGUGAUAUAGUUAGUAUUUAUACAGGGUAUACAAUUAUUACUAUAAUAGUCUAGGUUAUAAAUUUUUUGAUGAACAACACAUUGUAGUUAAUAUAAUACGUUAUAGCACUACUGUUCAGUAUAACCAUCUUGAUUGUUCCCGCCUUUCUCGAGAAACAUUCGUUCUACAAUAUUAUGAGAAAAAACACUAAAAGUACCACAUAUUAUGAAUAUAUGAUUUAUCCAGUGGAUAAAAAAUUUUAACAGAAUUGUUUGCAAUAUAUAACUCUUGUGCUAGGUAUGGUAUGAUGGUUGUUCUAUGUGCAAUUUGCAAGAUUCUUAUUGUAUUUAUUUGUUCAUUUUUAAAUGUCGCGUAUAUUAAUCACGAUUUUUUGGGUUUUUAAUUGUACUAUAAAACUGUAUGAACACAUUGUUAUAAAAUAGAUUUGAUUAUUAUAAUCUACCUUGUAAAUAAAUGUCUUUGAAGCCCGUUGAAA